GUGUGAGCGAGCGCGCCGAGCAGCGCGGAGCGCGCAGCCGGGUCUAUCUGCCUUUCUUUUUUACAAAGCCGGGCGUUUGCAGCGAGCGCUCCCUUUACUCCCUUCCAUUAAGUGGGUAGCCGCGGGUGUGUUGGCCCGAGCCGGGCCGUGUGGUCGGGGGUGCCCCCUCUUCGUGGCUCCUUCCAUUUUCUUGCGGCUUCGGUCUCCCCCUUUUUUUUUUUUCUAGAGAGGAGCCCAGAGGGGUUGGUUAGACGGCGACCGUCCACACCCGCCCCCCAGUGCUUCCUCCUAAGCUUCCCCGCCCCGCAAGGUCGAGCCUCGUCCCCGCCUUCCCCGUGCCCCCGAGGGGUGGGAUGCUUUGUCCUCUGCCCGGGUCACAGCCGUAGCAGCAGCAGCCGCCGUCACCGUCGUCGCCGCCGCACCUGCAGCCGGUCUCAAUAUGAAUGGGGCGAACGACCCGCACUUCUUUAUAAAAGAUAUUAAGCCCGGACUGAAAAACUUAAAUGUCGUCUUUAUUGUACUGGAGAUAGGACGAGUGACCAAAACCAAGGACGGCCACGAAGUAAGAUCGUGCAAAGUAGCUGAUAAGACGGGAAGCAUCACCAUUUCGGUGUGGGAUGAAAUCGGAGGUCUUAUCCAGCCCGGGGAUAUCAUUCGAUUAACCCGAGGAUACGCAUCCAUGUGGAAAGGAUGUCUGACUCUUUACACAGGAAGAGGAGGUGAACUUCAGAAAAUUGGGGAAUUUUGUAUGGUAUACUCAGAGGUGCCAAACUUCAGUGAACCUAACCCAGACUAUCUUGGACAGCAGAACAAGGCACAUGGUGAACAAAAAAAUAAUUCUUCAGCAAGUAAUAUGGGUACAGGUACAUUUGGGCCAGUAGGAAAUGGUGUACAAACUGGACCUGAAUCAGGGCGAUUCCCAUUUUCACAUAAUCAUGCCCACUCCUAUGCAGGUACUGGGAGAGCCAAUGGACGAGGACCUGUAAAUCCACAGCUACCAGCAACAGCUAAUGUUCAGCCAGUUGUGACCACAAUAAGUAAUGGGAGGGACCCCCGGAGAGCCUUUAAAAGAUGACCUAUGCCAAAUGUUCACAUACAGCUUGCCUAAACUACAUGAUGCCCUACUUGAACACUUAUUGCACUUUUAUUUAUGGUUAUCUGUGAAAAGUUUGUCCUUUAUUGGUAUGUUUUUAUGUUUUGGUAUGUUGAGAUGAGAUUUGUUUUAUGAUGAUGCAAUUAAGCUGCUUAAAUGCCAUCUGAAAGAAUGGUCUAUAAAGGAGGGAAAAUAGGUUUGGAACAAAAAAAAGGCAGAAAGCCCUACCCAUAAACUGCACUUCACAUGGGUGUAUGGGUCAGCCUUAAUAGCCUCUAUGAGUCUAUCCUCUGUAUAAACUUUGUAACUCCUAUUUGACUUAAUGAGAGGUGUUUUUUUUUUUUGUCAAAUAUAGAAGUUGCCAAUUAAAGCAAUAACUUCCAAAAAAUUGGUUAAAAGAUAGCAGCAAAUGGUUGAAUGUCUUGUGACUCCAGGAAAGAUUGAUUUUGUUACAUAAUUCAUGUUACUGCCAUUAAGAUAAUUUCCAAUGAUUGAACAAUCUUAGACUGAUCUUUUACUACCUGAAACAGGCUAGCAGAAUUAUGAAUAUAGCAUAUUAAUGAUAUAUGUUAUAGCAGGUAAUUUUAUUUUUAAAGCUACAUUUAUUUUAUUUUGGGGCAGGGUUCUAAAAUAUUCUUUGGCUAAAUAUUAUUAAAGGAAGAUUUAAAAUUGUCCCUUAAAUAUUUUUUUUUCCCAAAGCCAUCUUCGAAGCCAUCCCUUUUAAAAUGUUUUAGAACUUUAAAACUUCAGCCUUUAAGAACAUUAGUCUGACUAUUGUGUAUUUAAUGAAGUGAUGAUAGUAAGUACUACCUAAGUUAGGGGGAAAUUGAACAGAAUUCAGGUAGAAAUCUGCAAACUAAUUUUAAUUUAAUAAAAUGCUUAUUGUCAAAGUACUGCAGUUUUUACGUCAAAAAUACUGGACGUGGAUUAAAGUUCCUAGAAACGUCUUUGAAACAACUUAUUUUAAAAAUAGAAAUUUCAUCAACUUUUCAAGAGUUUCUGGAGAAAAUUCACGUUACUUUGUCUAUCAGCCAAAGAUACAGGAAUGCCUCUGGUAGAAUUGAGUGUAGCUUUAUUCAGAAUUGCUUGGGAAGUGGAUUUUAUUUUCACUUGAUAAAUGAUUUCCAUCCAGUUCCACCAUUUCAUGUUCGGUGGAUUACUAGUUAAUUUUUCAUUUGUUAGACUUAUUCUUAAAGUUGACCCCUUGAAUAAAACUUGCACUAAUGUUAAAAAAACCUACCUAAUUCUUUGUCCAGCCUUAAAUGUUGUAGAAAAAGCUUGUAUGAUGUCCCAAUGUCACAUGAUUACCUAAAAAUGUUUUGAAAAAUAAUCAUCCCUGUGGAACAAACCCCAUGUAAGAGUUAUAAUGUCUAGGCUUGCUUUCUUGACACAGACAUUGGUAAAGACUAUCUUUAUUAUUGUGGAUAUGUUGCUUUUCCUCUUCUCUUUAAAUCACAGUGCUUAUCUUUCCUGAAGACUACGUAGCAUUUGGAUUGGGGAGAUUGGUGGCCUGGAUUUUUUUUUCUUUUCCUCGGUUAUAUAACCUUUCGUAUUAAUUAUUUUUGGUAUAGAAAUGAGUUUUUUGUAGCUUCGUUGGAAGUUCAUAAAAAUACCCAAAGCAUGAAAGCUGCUGCUUUGUCCUUAAGAUACUGCUGAAGGUGGUGCCAUUUUCACGACUGGUAUUCAUUUUAGGAUUCAUGUUGACGUUGACAGCGAUGUCUAUGUCUGAAAGAUUUUUUAAUAAUUGAAAUUGGAUUAUCUUGUUAUUAUUUUGCUCUUUUCCUAAGAACUUUGCAUUUCAGAUGAAGUUAACCAAAAAAGCAAAAUCAUUUGGUAUGAAGUAGUGAUGUGAAGUUUGACCCCUUCCCCCCAUCAUUUCAUUUAUGAAUGCAAAAAAUUUAUUGGUAGGACAUUUUUGUACUUUUAAGUAAUGUAACAGUUCCAAAGGAAAGUAAAAAUAAUCACUUUAAAAAAGGAAAUAGAAAUAUUAAACACUGUAUUGCUUUACCCCCUUGAGUACACCAGCUUUCAUGUAGUAGGCAUUAGAAAAUGAAGGAUGUAAGGGGAAGGCCAUUAUUUGACAGUAUUUGCACACUUGCUAUGAAUGUACUGUGGUUUUUAUUGGGAACAACAUGUCUUUGCUUCUUUUGAGGUUAGUGAUAAUUCUUGUUCAAAUAUUUUAUCUUUGUUCUCUUUUUUCAGUGCCAUUUAUUAAUGAAUCUCUUUUCUCUUAAGGAAAGACCCUCCAAUACCAAAGCAAGUGACUUACAAUCUAUAGUGACCUACAUUUAUCUAACCAGUCUAGUCUACCUGGGCAACACUCAUCAAGAAGUCAGAGGAAGAAUAUUUUUCUGCUUUCCCCCUCAUUCCAUUUUUCACUUGCCAACUUAAAUUUUUAAAAGAUCACUCUUAAGAUGGAAAUAUUAACAUCUACUGGAAAAGUCACUGGAUUGAGUUUCCCAACAUAAUUUCUACAUCAUGGUUAAUUCAGAAAUGGAUUGAAGUCUCAUCAGAAGAACCAGCUUGUUAUGGCUUAUGCCUCUGUCUUGGGCAUCCUGUGAUGCGUGUGUGGGUAGCUAAAAUUUGGGAGAGUGAAAGAUGAACAGAGAAGUCCAGAUGAAAUGUAUUUCAUAUAGGUGGUACCUAAGCACUCUAGCAUCACCCCAUUACUUCUCUCCUGUUCCUCUUUGUAGCUUUACCACUAAAGGCUUAGAGUUCACACAGGAUAUAAUUUAUAUGUUAAAGCAUUAGAGAGUAAGAAUACAUGUUCAAAGGAAGGAGAAAAUUUUGUUUGCAAGGACUCGGACACCCACAUCGAUUUUUUCCCCCCUACUUUGUAGUUGUAGUAGUCCCUAGCCCUUUGAACAGGUCCAUCACUUAAGGACAUAUAUUUCUAAGGCAAAUUGACUAUUCAGCCGUUGUACCUGAAUAGUCAUCAUUAGUAAGACCAUAAGCUGCCUAUUGUGGUAUGUUUAAAGGAAUGCUUGGAGGUACAGGUCAUUUUCUAUACAGCUGGAGCUAUCAGGCCAUUGAAGUCUCAGUCAUACGUAGUAUUCUGUGAAAGAAAGGUAGAAAUGAACAAAUCACUCAUAAUAGUUUGCUAGCACCUAACAAUUUUAAAGAUAUUGGCAAAACAAAAUCCCAAAUUAUGGUUUUGUGACGGUUACUCAGCUAUCAACUUGAGGUAUGAAUCCAGAUGUUAUGUGAACUGAAGACAACACUCCCCACACUAUGCUGAAGUCUCCAUUUUUGUCAUGCCACUAUAUUUCAUGAUCCAUGCAUUAGACACAACCUAUCUUUUGGGCCUCAUCUUUCUCUUGCUCAGUCCAAUGCUUUUAAACACUUCAUAGGUAUGUUCUUAACCACAAGGAGUAUUUACUCCCAUUGUGCAAAUUGCAGUCCCUGUGUCAGGUGUUGAACUGCCAACCCUGGUUUAUGGUAGAGAAAAACUUGAAAAUUCGUAAUUGUGAGCUAUGAAUAAUGGCAAUAUGUUCGUAAUAUGCUUAGUAGCCCUAAUCUUGUCUUUGGAGAAACCAGACUUUUUUUUUUUUUUUGGCAAUUGGGAGUACCAGAUUGACAUACUUGGAUGACCUUUAUUCCUUGUCAUCGCAGGUUUUGUAAGAAAGACCUAAAGCCCUACCUAUUAUAUGUUUCCAAUCCAUUUCUAAAUACUGCCUUUGGUCCUGUAGCCACAUGAGCAAAAGAGUUUGCGUGAACAGCUUUUGGCCAUGUUUCAUGUUUUGUAAUCAUGACAGAUUUUUAGUGCCUAAGGCCAUGAACAUAACAUGGUAAAAUCUCAAUAACUCAGAAAAGAGCAGUCAUGAUUUACUAGGAAAUCUGGAGAUUUUAAAAGAUGCCUUAUGUUAAAGUAUAGGGCUGUGUGAGAUUGUAAGUGGGUGCCAUUAAAUUCGAUAAAUUCUUUAGAAGGCUCAUAGUACAUAAUACACCACAAAAGGCCUUUAUUUUGUAAAAGUUACUGGACCUACCAUGAAAGGCACGAGGUGUAUUGUUGGAUCAAUUUGUGACCUGUGAAAGGGCUUAGAAUUAAUACUUUAGCAGCAACAACCUUGACUUAGGUAUUAUACUUCUAAGUUAUUCAAUUUACUAGAAUUCUUCCAAUUUAGGUAGCAUAAUAUAUAAACUGAAAUUUUUUAUAGUAUUAUUCCCAAGUUAAUUACUAGUGCCAUCUGGUUGCAGGACAGAACUUACAUCUUUAGUAAACCAGGGUUGGUUUAUAUUUGGUAUAUGAGGCCUUUCUCAAUUCCAGUUCCCUUUUUAAAAACUGGGCAGACUGGUGGUGGUAGAAUUAGCCUUGAAUCUACACAGUCACUAUUAUAUGACCUCUGGCACCUUCACUUUUAAAAUACACUAUACCAUAGAAUACAAAAGCUUGUAACCCAAGUUGACUAGAAUAUAAAAUUGAAACAUGUUGAGUACAAAUCUUCACACAUAAUUCACACAAAAUUUUCAAUUACACUUUAAAGCAACUGAAUUACGUAAUUUACAUUCCAAUCACAAUAAGAUGCUGACAUUUUCAUUUGAAUUUUGCAAUUACCCUGUGAACAGGACAAACUGGUUAUUAUCCUUAUCUCGUAGAUGAUGAAACUAGUUUACAUACCUGAACUAAUGUUAGGAUUAAGCUGUAAUAGAUUUUUUUGAUCUGGCUCAUUUUUCUGUUACAUCGUCCCCUUCUCAUUGGGUCAAUGAAAGACCUCCAUGCAGCCUGCAGUGGAGGCACUUUGCCAAGGUCUAGCCCAGGCCUGUCCAAAAUGCAGCCUGCAGGGCGAUUUACUGGCCCCUACAAGCAUAGAAAUUUACGUAAAUGUUUUAGUA